AUGACCUGGCUGGUGAUGGAGUUUGUGCUAGUGGGGUUCUCCAACCUCCCAGACCUGAGAAUUAUGCUAUUCACCUUGUUCUUCUUCACAUACCUGAUCACCCUCAGUGGCAAUGUCACCAUUGUCACCAUCAUCCAUGAGGACCGAACUCUUCACACUCCCAUGUACCGCUUCCUGGCAGUGCUGUCUAUUUCCGAGACCUGCUACACUCUGGUCACCAUCCCCAAUAUGCUUGCCCAUCUGCUGAUGGAGAGCCAGGCCAUCUCCAUUGCUGGCUGUCGGGCUCAGAUGUUCUUCUUUCUGGGCUUGGGGUGCAGUCACUGCUUCCUCCUUACCUUGAUGGGCUAUGACCGGUAUGUGGCCAUCUGCCAUCCUCUCCGCUAUUCAGUGAUCAUGAGACCCACCAUUUGUCUUUGGCUGGGAGCCCUCGUGUUCUGCUGUGGGUUCUCUGUGGCCUUGAUAGAGACUAGCAUGAUCUUCUCUUCUCCUUUCUGUCACAGCAACCGCGUGGAGCACUUCUUCUGUGACAUUGCCCCUGUCCUGAAGCUCAGCUGCACAGAGAGCACCAGCAAAGCACUAGUCAUUUUUUUCUUAAGCAUCUUUGUUGUUCUUGUAUCCUUUCUCCUUAUUCUCCUCUCCUAUGCCUUCAUCGUGGCUGCCAUCCUGCGGAUACCCUCAGCAGCCGGCCGGCACAAGGCCUUCUCCACCUGUGCAGCCCACCUCACUGUGGUCCUUGUACAUUUUGGCUGUGCCUCCAUCAUCUACCUGCGGCCUGAGUCGGGGGGAAACCAUGAUCAGGAUCGCCUGGUGGCUGUGUUCUACACAGUGGUGACUCCGUUGAUGAAUCCUGUGGUGUACACACUGCGGAAUAAGGAGGUGAGGGUGGCUCUGAGGCGGACUCUGGCACGUAUCCGUGGGUCUCAGAAUUUUUAA